AUGUCAGGUGCAAUAACAGCGCUGCAGGUACAAAAAACAAAAAGAGCCAAACGAAGUAGCUCUAACAACCAUUCUAAAUUUGCAGGAAUGAUCAAAUCUGCUAUUAGUGCUGAUAAAAACCCCAGCGGUUCCUCGCUGCAGUCAAUUCGGAAGUACAUUAUGAGCCACUAUAACCUGAAGGGGAAUCCUGAUUCAAAAAUCAAAGUGACUCUAAGAAAAUUAGUGUCCACUGGAACUCUGCAACAUGCAAGUCGCGGGGGACUGUCUGGUCCAUUCAAACUGACUGGUAGCCGCGGAUCCACGACGUCUAUUGGAGGAAAAAAAGGGUCACAGAAAAGAAGCAGGAGCAAGGGCAGGAGUAGUGCCAGGGGCCGGAAUGGCAGCAGAAAAGGUGGUAGACGUAGGAAAAUUGCUACAUCCCGGGGCAAAGGCCAGAAACGCAAAGGAGCAGGCAAGAGGGGCACCAGGGCAAAAAGGAGAAAAGGGAGAAGCAAAAUGAAGACCAAAAAACCAAGGGCUCGCAAGCAAAAGAGUAGGAUGAAAGGAAGAAGAAAGGCCAGGUCAAAGAAAAGAUCAAGAAAGAAGUAA